AUGGCUCCAACCUCACCUCUCACCCGAAGCCGAGCCUUCACAGCAGCCGCCUCGAUCGCCUCAGUAGCAGGCCUGCUAGGUAUUUUACACUACCUGGACAUUCCCUCGCUCCUCCAACAAAGAGUCAAAUCCCGCAAGGUCUCAUCGAGAUGCUACUCCCAAAACGAAGAGCCCUCCCUCGCAGCGUUCAAAACCCUCGUGGAACAAAUCACGCUGAAGGAGACAUAUCCACUGGCCAGCGAUAUCCAGAAGAACAUCCCGAUCUACGACUGCAGGACGAUCACACGAGAGAAGGAGCAUGCGUGGCAGGAUGAGUUGUACCACGUCCUUGUGCAUGGACCGGGGGUGUUUGUUCUGCAGAACUUCUUCACGGACCAUGACCCCAUCGAUACCGCCAACGCGGCCUACGAGACUAUCAUCGCGGACGAGCUCGCUGCAAAUGGUGCGAAGGGCGACCACUUCGCCGCCGCAGGCACGAACUCCCGGAUCUGGAAUUCGUUUUCGAAACACUGCCUCCAAACCCCCCGGUCCUUCCUACAAUACUAUAGCAAUCCGCUCUUCAAACUCGUCUGCGAAGCAUAUCUCGGUCCCGCAUAUCGGAUCACAAGCCAAGUGAACAUCGUAAGACCCGGCGGGAAAGCGCAAGUCUGCCACAGGGACUACCACUUGGGUUUCCAAACCGCCUCCGACUGCGCCAAAUUCCCCAAAACACUCCACACCACGACCGCCUUCCUCACCCUCCAAGGCGCCGUCGCGCACACGGAUAUGCCCCUCUCCUCUGGCCCCACGAGGUUCCUGCCGUUCAGCCAGCUCUUCGAGGAGGGCUUCAUGGCGUAUCGACGGGCGGAAUUCAAUGAGUAUUUCCUGCAGAAGUACGUCUCGUUACCGUUGGAGAAAGGCGACGCGGUCUUCUUCUCCCCGGCACUCUUCCACGCCGCGGGGGAGAACACGACGAAAGACUUCUCGCGCUCGGCGAAUUUGAUCCAGGUUAGUGCGGCGUUUGGGAAGACGAUGGAGACGGUGGAUUCGUUGCCGUUGAUUGAGGCUUGUUAUGAGGGUUUGAGGGCACAGGUUGGGAAGAAUGGCGGAUGGAGUAGGGACAGCGAGGCGUUCGUGAAGGCGGUGGCGGAGGGGUAUUCGUUUCCGACGAAUCUGGAUCGGAGACCGCCUGCGCCGGGGGGUAUGGCGCCGGAGAGUGAGCAGGAGGUCUUGAGGAGGGCGGUGGAGGAAGGGUGGAAAAGAGAGGAGGUUAUGGAUGUCUUGAGGACGAUGAGAGAGGAUUCUUCGGGGUAG